AAGACUAAAGAUGAUAAGUCCAAAGUGAGGAGACCCCUAACCUUCUUGGCUUCUUUGAUCAAUCAAACCACACCACGCAGAGAGAGAAACUGUUCCAACCUCCCAACCUCUAAUCUUUUUAACUCUCCAUUCAAGCUUCAAGGUUCAAACACCUCCACUCCCCAAGGCACCAAUUUCCUGCUCAAUAUUUUGGUCAACCUCAGUCCAAUUCCAUCCUCACGAUCAUUUCAGGCACACCCAGAACCCAAUCUGUCCCAAAACCUCAAUUGGGUCACUCUUCCUUCACUAGCAAAACAUGAAUUUCAGGAGCUUAGAUGAGUUCUGGGUCUUCUACAUGAGCCAACACUCGAAACCAUCAACAAGGCGUUUGCAUUUUGUGGGCACCCUUGUUAGUAUCAUCUUCUUCAUAAUCUCGGCUCUCUUCAAUUGGUGGCUUCUGAUCUUUGUGCCUCUCUCUGGGUACGGGUUUGCUUGGUACAGCCAUUUCUUCGUCGAAGGGAAUAUUCCGGCGACGUUUGGGCAUCCGUUUUGGUCCCUGCUAUGUGAUUACAAGAUGUUUGGAUUGAUGCUUACUGGGAAUAUGGACAAAGAGAUCAAGAGGCUUGGAAAGAGGCCUCUCUUACAACUAGCAACAACCCCAUGA